CUUUAUCCCAGCAGCAGUCUUGACAGUGAAAAAUCAAUUUUGUGUGCCCCCAAAAAAAAAAACUGCGAACCGAGACGAGAAUGGCCAAAAACAAGUGCACCGUCCUGCUCGGGUACUCGGAGUACGAACCGAUUGCGGACCGCGACAAGCCGUACCUGAACCAUGCCGUGAACAAGAUCGGAGGAACUCCGAACUGGCCCGGCUCGGAAGUCGCCGUCUCCCCGUGUCCGCUGUGCGGCCAGGCCCGCCCGCUGAUCCUGCAAAUCUACGCCCCGCUGGAAAACUCCCAGUUCCACCGGACGCUGUACAUCUUUGCCUGUCUGAACGCACCCUGCUCGACCCAGUCGUCCAGUUGGUUUUGCGUGCGGGCACAAUCGCUGGAGAAGAGCCCCGGCUGUGGAGAAAACUAUGAGACUGCAUCGAAUCAGCAGGUUGUGAAAACGGUCGGUAUUUCGUGGUGCAGCGGUGCCGACGAGUGGGACGACGAGGACGAGGAUGCUGCCGGUGGGGGUGGUCCGGGAGAUACGGUUAUGCGCGUGGACACCGGACCGGAUGUGAACGAUAACGAGGAGAAUGGGAACGUCAUUCGGUGGGAUAACAAGAUUUCCGACGAGGAAGAGGAGAGCAACUCGCUGGAGAACGAUCCGGUGCCGGGGUUCGGUGAUCUUCGGGUUGACGAGAGGAACGCUAAUGAUGGAGGGGCGCGGGGUGGGUUGAUAGACAACUUGUAUACUAGCAAAGUAUCGGCGGAGAUUGAGGGAGCUGAGGAGGAUGUGGUUGCGGUGGAGACUCCGGUAACGCCGAAGCGAGACUUGAUAGCGCUGCUGAAGCAGCCGCAGAUUAUAUCACGGGAGGUGCGCGAUCUGACGCUCAAGAGCUUCUACAUCAACGUGGACGAGGAACGCUCGUUUGCGGCGGACAUUUCCGACCACGUGAGGGAACUGCUGCACGAGUACCAGAAGCAUGAAGAUGUCAAAACCAGUCCAGACAGCCCCGUGGGACACGGUGCCGUUGGCGGUCAGCCGGUAGAUCAAGAAAUGUACGAGAAAGGCGUCCCCGCCCACGGCGAUCUCAUGUUCCACAACUUUAUGACCAAACUGCAGGAGAAUCCGGGUCAAAUUCUGCGCUACUCUCGCACCGCUGCGCCUAUUUUGAUUGCCCCGUUGAAGGAACUCGUCGUGGCACCACUCUGCCAGCACUGCAAGCACGAGAUGAUCUGCGAGGUUCAAAUCCUUCCAACGAUCAUCGAGAAGCUCUGCCUGGAGGCCACCGGCCAGCAGGUACCGAUCGAUUUCGGCAACGUCCUCGUGUGGACCUGCAUCAAGAGCUGCUGGGACACGCCGGACCGGAUGAGGGCCGAGAUGGUGCUGGUGCAGCAAGAGUCUUAAUCCAGGCAUUCAUCAACCAACAUAUUUAUACUAAGUAGCGGCUAUCAAAUUGAUAUUACUGUGAAUUUUAAACAAAAGUUUACUCCAAGUAACGAUAAUCCCUCGAAACGAGAACAAAACCUUAGAGAUCGUCUUGUUAGCAUUUAUCCGUCACGUCGUCAAUUCAGAGAAAGUUACCUUCCCAGCCGAUCGCGUCCACAACAUGGUCGGCGCAAACCGAAAUGCAAAACACACGUAUCGAACAUGAGACAGAGCCAGGCAAAGAAUUGUGCGUUUUUUGAUAGAAACCGUUUUAAAACUGCAUUUUAAACCAAACACACACACACAUACACACCAACUGGAAGGGAAUAUCUCCAAUUUUUAGAAACUGUAUUAGCCAAAGGUCUUCCCAAUCAAUGGUGAGCAAGGGCGGGCGGAAGGACUGUAGCGACAUCAUUCGGUAGAUUUUGAUGUUGGUUUUAAGAGGGAAGGGGGAAUAGUAGCAGUGAUUGAUUAGAAUCCGUCGAUGUUUGGGGAAAUAUGGUAGAAGAUAUACAAACAAACAAAUUUAAGCAGUGUACUGUUCAGCAUUCACUUUAAAAAAAGUAAUAUUUCAGAAGAACCGUUUUGCCCAGAAAAUUACAUGCAGCAGCAGCAACAGCCAAUAUGAAAUUUCGUUAAAUGUUACUCAAUUUCUUUAUUCAAACUAGUUCUGUAGCGGGUAGGAAACAAAGCAUUAUUGAAUCAGCGUUAAAA